UGCCUAUUUAUAUUUAAGUAAUAAUUUUGCUAUUAGGUUAGGUUAGAUCACAUUAUCCAGAUUAUAAUAAAACGUUUUUCAUUUCAGAUAAUAAAUACAACACAUGGGUAAGAAAAGUUAAUGCGCUGCUUUGCUGCUCUUAGCAUAGCAGAAGCUUGACUAAAAUGUCGGACGAAGGCGGCGGCGAGUUUCAGCUCGGUUACUGCGAUCCCUGGGGAAGCAGUUUCCAGAAAACUUUUACACAAUUUCAUGGCUACAUCGCGCUGGUCAUCUGCCUGCUGGGCUCCGUCGCCAACUCCGUCAAUAUCGCCGUGCUGAGCCGCAAAGAGAUGGCCUCGUCCACCAAUACCAUCCUCACCGGCCUCGCCGUCGCGGACCUUCUCGUCAUGAUAGACUACAUUCCCUUCGCAUUUCUUAUAUACGUGAAGGUCGGAACUGAACAAAGUAGAAACUCCUACGCCGCCGCAGUGUUCGUGUACUUCCACUCGAUCUUCAGUCAGACAUUUCACACCGUCUCAAUCUGGCUGACUAUCACGCUCGCGAUAUGGAGAUAUAUCGCGAUCAAAUUUCCACAAAUGAAUAGGACGUUUUGUAAUAAAAGAAAUACGAAUAUAGCUAUCACACUAGCGUAUGUUGUGAGUCCAGUAUUGUGUCUUCCUAUAUACUUUGCUAUGAAUAUCGAUCCAGUUCCGGGCAAAAGUAGUACAAAUGCCACGAUGAAUAACACGAGUGACAUGAACGUGACCUCGAGUCGGGUCGAGCCCGCUUCCAAGUUCGCCAUCACCAUGACCACUAACGGCGACCUAUUGACUGCGAUAUUUUGGAUAUACAGUGUAUUUAUAAAACUUAUACCUUGUAUAGUACUGUCGAUUUUAAGUGUUUGUUUAGUUGUGAAAAUGAAGUCAAGUGAUAGAAGAAGACAAAAACUUUUGAAAAAGUCAGCUAUUACAACGAAUGAGGGUGAGAAGGCCCGCCUGAACGAGGACGGGGGUCACGGGGGCAAGCGCGGCGGGCGCACCGACCGCACCACUCGCAUGUUGCUGGCUCUGCUUGGCCUCUUCUUGGCCACCGAGCUGCCGCAAGCUCUCUUCGGCCUCCUGACAGCGACGGCGCCACGCUUGUUUCAAGUCUGCUACUAUACGUUCGGUGAGGUGAUGGACCUGAUGGCGCUGGUGGGGUCGGCCAUCAACUUCGUGCUGUACUGCAGCAUGAGCCGGCAGUUCCGCAGCACGUUCGGGCGGUUGGCGCGCAAGCUGCUGCCUCUGCCCGGGCCGCCGCAGCCCGACGCCGCGCCGCUCACGGCCCGCAAGGCGUAGCAUUCGCGCACCGCGACCACCUCGGUCGCGCAUCUAUGAUCCAAACAACCCAAAACGCAUUCAGGAAUACACAUAUCCCGGAAUAAGAUGUCACGCGGUACGAAACUAUUAUAUACAACUAGUGUGCUCUUGUGAUUGGAUUGGAUCGAUGGACCUUUGGGAAUAAAUACUAGUUAGUGGUUCUUUUUGCACAUUAUUUUGUGCGAAGAAAGGAAACAGAAAGUGCGAUUGGCAGAUAACUGUUGUAUAAAUAUGAGGUUAGAAUGUAAUGUGUAUGUCGUAUUCAGAGGACCAGUCAAAUGUAGAACCAAGUUAUCAACACAAUCUUUGUGUAAUUUAUCAUACUUAAGUAAGUAAUUAAGUAUCUAAUGUUAACCUAACGUAUCAACGAAAUCUCUUCAUAAGUCCAAAUUGUUCUAUAGAAGUGCAAAUUAUAGUUCAUGUUUGUUGAAAUAGUAAUCAUAUUGCAAAUUUUGAAAGUGUCUGUUUUCAAAUUACAACCAGUUAAUCAAGUUGCUCCAGUUUUUAUCUCAUUGAAAUGAACUGUCUCUGGUU